ACCACAUUUCCUGUUUGUUACUGAACAAAGUACACACAAAAGAUUUUAAGACACAGAAGAGAGAAAACUGAGGUACGGUUAAACAAGUUUUACUGGCACACUGCUUCUGAAAUAACUGAGCAACUUUACUUAGAAAAAAAAGUUUGUAGGAGAAUUUUUCAUCCUUACAUUUGCCUUAUGGCUACAUAAGGAUUUCUCUGACAAAGGAAGCAUGCCAGGAAGCUCUGAAUGCUUUUAUGUCUGGAUAAUUCUAGCCUUUUUGGGAUUAGCUCUGGUUGUAUCACUGAUCUUCAAUAUUUCCCACUAUGUGGAAAAGCAGCGACAAGAUAAAAUGUACAGUUACUCUGAAGACUAUAUUCCCAGGGAGGAGGAGUAUUAUGUUGAAGACACACCAAUUUAUGGUAACUUAGAUGACAUGGUCCCAGAACCAGUGGAUGAAAAUUGCUAUGAACAAAUGAAAGCCCGACCAGAGAGAUGUACAAAUGAACUGCAAGGAGCCACCCUGCCUACACAGGCAUCCGAGGAAGCACAGGUAUUUUAUGCCUCACUGGAUCACAACUGUGAGGGGAAGCACAGGAAGACCAAGAAACAGAAUAAUUAUGUGUUAGACAAGGAUGAAGAUGAGCAGUUACAUGCAGAGGAUGUCAGCCUCUCUAAGACCACUUUGGUAAACAGUUUCCCACUUGAGAACCAGGAAAUAGAGGAAAAUGUUCAUGAUGAUCCCAUCAGACUGUUUGGAUUGAUUCGUGCAAAGAAAGAAUCUAUAAACUAGCUGGACUGUGACCUAGCUCAAUAACCUGGCUCUUAUUGGAGAUGUUAAAGAAAACAAAAUCCGUAUACGGCACAACAUGGUAUGGGAGGGCGACGAUCUAAAUCGUUUGUUAGGGGGAUGGUGGCUUAUCUCUCAUCCAGAGCUUAGGUUCUUGCACACCAAAUGUAAUGGCAUGAAAAUUAGUUGUUUAGAUUUGCUUAACACAUGCCUAGUAGUAAAAUGUAAAAUGAAACAUUUCAAGGUCGCAAAUUGAGCCUAAUUACAAAGUCACAAAUUCACCAACAAUACUUAAUACUCAGAUAAAACAAACAAAAAAUGUUUUAAGCAUAAGCAUCUUCUAGAACAUGUUGAAAGAAAAAUAAAAUCCACUCUUAAAAAAAAUCUUUCAUUUUUCAUUGAUAUGAAAAAAUGAAAUUGAAAGAAAUUGAAAGAAAUUGAAAGAAAUUUCUAAUCAAAACACAUGAGACAUUAAAUAUAUCCCUACAAGAAAUGGAAUUAAGAAGUAUUGUUUCCAAAUGGAAGUAUCCUUAUUACUUUAAAAAAUUAUUAUAAAGUUAAUACGUGUUCCUUAUAACAAUAAAAAUAAAAAAGGAUUUGGAUAUUCCACUCGCCAGAGAUAAUCAGUAUGACCAAUUUUCCAUAUGUACACACAUGGGUUGUCUCUUUCUUUUUUUACCAAAAAAAAUAAAUUUAUACAUAUUAUUCAAAUUUUUUUCACUUAAUAUACUGGGGACUUAUUUUCCUUGUUUCUUUAACUAAGUAUAGUUACAUACUAUAAUUUUAAUGACUGCAUAGCAUCUCACUGAUGACUACAUAGAAUUUAUUCAAAUAAUUUGAAAGUACAUUUAGCUUACUUCCAAGUUCUGUUUUUCACUUUUACAAAUAAUAUUGCAAUGAGAAUGCAUUUCCACACGUUUGAGUACUUACAGGACUUAUUGAGGCUAGAUGCCUAGGAAAGGAAUUGCUGCUUUAAAACAUGUGCAUAGUGAAUCUCCAUAGGAUAUACUUCUAAAAGGUCAUGAGUAGGUCAGAGUAUGUGUCCAAUUUCAAUUCCUAAACUGCCCUCCAAGAAGCUAUUUAAAAACAAACCUUUCUGUUAUCUUCCUCCAUUUGAAAGAGGAGUUUGGUUGAGUCUCAAGUCAUCACUAACCAAAGAAAAUGUACAUGGGAGCUGUAGUCCUGCCCUCUAAUCAGGACUGAGUGGAUUUUACUCAUUCUUUCUUUAGUUCCUUGUUGAGCUCCUAGCACAGUGUAGGCACUAACUUAGACACUGGUUUACGAGGAAAACAGAGGUAAAACAAGGUAGACACUGCCCCCAUGGAGCUAGAAAUGUGUAGAAAAGAUGAGUCUCAGUUUAAUAAAGUGUAAGUACUAGGGAAAAAAUAAAAUAAAGAAAAUGGAAGAAUCAGAAACAAUAAUGGGGAGAAGGGCAUCUCUGAGGAGAACAUUUUAAUUCUGAGAAUUGAACAAUGAGGAGCCAUCCACCUGAAGAGAGAAGAAGGAAGAACUCUAUCCACAUUUAGAAGUACCAACUUCUGUCAAUAAUUGUUUUUCCAUUAUGAAAAAAAAAAAUUAAAUGCCAAUGCUAAAGUAAAAUAUUUGAAGUCUACAAUGCCAUAAAAAAUUCCAAAAAAUAUUAAUAUCUAAGGGCAGGAAAAAAGAACCAGGUCCCUGGUUUUAGAAAAGAGCCAUAAAAACAUAGAAAUAAUAAUUAUAUAUUGACUUGAAAUUUUCAAAAUCUCACUAUUAUGUGCAUUUGUGUUACAUUUCUAUACAUACUGUGGUUCAGUAAAAAUAAAGUUUAUAUUUUUUGCAGUUACUUCUUCCUGUAACUAAUCUACAUCAUUCACUUACUCCUAAAGAUAUUUGAAUUUUUUGCCUCUGGUUUAUAUCAUUUGAAUUCUACUCAAAUAUACUUGAUGACUGAUAAUUUGGAAGGUUUUUAACUACAAAUGUAAAUUUCCUAAUAGAGAAAAGACAAUUCAAGUUAUCUAUUUCCUGUUGAGUGAAUGACGUAGUUUGCAUCUUUUGAGGACCGUAUCCCUCUCGUCUGAGCAGUUAAAUUUCUUGGCAUAAAGUUGUUUGAAAUAUCCCCAUAUUGUCCUUUUAAUAUCUGUAGAGUCUAAUGAUUUAACCUGUCUUUGAUACUGGGAAUUUGUCCCCCCCACUUUGUCUAGAUAGAGAUUUAUCAAUUUUAUUGAUUUUCUCAAAUAACCAGUUACCAUUCACAUAAUUUUUCAAUUGUUUUUAUAUUUUUGUUUCAUUAUUUUGCCCUCUGAUCUAUAUUAUUUUUUCUGAUCAUGUGUUUUCAUCUGUGUGUUUUCUUUUUUUGGCUUCACAAAGUGAAAGCAGGUCAGUAAUGAGACCUUUCUUCUUGUCUAAACUAGGUAUUUGGUCUUAUAAAUCUCCCACAAAUUUUGA